GGCCGCCCUGGCCGCUCACGGUCUGGGCUCGGGGGGCACCCGGAACAUCGCGGGCUCCGCUCCCCUGCACGGGGCCCUGGAGCGAGCCCUGGCCCGGCUGCACCGGCAGCCCCGCGCCUGCCUCUUCUCGUCCUGCUUCGCCGCCAACGACACCGCGCUGGCCACGCUGGCCCGGCUGCUGCCAGGCUGUCACAUCUUCUCGGACGCGGGCAAUCACGCCUCCAUGGUUCAGGGCAUCGUGCGCAGCGGGGCCCCCAAACAAAUUUUCCGUCACAACGACCCCCAACACCUGGACGAACUCCUGGGCCGGAGCCCCCCCGGGAUCCCCAAAAUCGUGGCCUUCGAGUCCGUGCAUUCCAUGGAUGGUUUCUAUGGGGUGGGGGACGCCCAGGCCGCGUCCCGGCUCAGCCGGGCUCUGCUCCUGCGCGGUCUCUACGUGCAGGCCAUCAACCCCCCCACCGUGCCCCGCGGCGGGGAACUGCUCCGCAUCGCCCCCACCCCACAGCACAGCCCCGCCAUGAUGGAACACCUGGCAGCCCUGGUUGGUUACUGGGAGCGCUGGGAGCGCGGUUCCCGCCGCAGGGGCCGCCGGGAGUUGCAGUUCCGGACGCACAUCCGGGUAUGA